AACCGCAGCAUUAAUCACCUAGGCGAAUCAAACAAAUAGCAAAGAUGGCGACACAAAGAUUGGAUUCAAAACUGGAGAGACCGGAGCUUGUACACCUGCCUCCUCACUGCACCAAAACAAAAAGUGAACUCAUAAGUUAUGAAGACUUGUUAGUCACACAGUACUUAGAAAAUCUAAAGCGCCAGAAGACUGUAACAGUUACCAAUGUUGAUAACCAGAACAGACUACAAAUUCCAUUGUCCCCCUACCUUAAAAGUCAGCAUAGAAGAUAUCAGCGACCUGGCUCAGCCGUCUCCAGCAGAUACAGCAGCAGGCCAAAGAUUGAUGAAAAGUUUAUUGCAGAUCACAACUUGUGGGAACCAGCAACACCAAGACAACCUCAACGCCUGCGACCUGCUAGUGCACAACGCCUGCGACCUGCUAGUGCACCAGUAAAACACAACAGACCCCAAUCUGGCAUAUCUCAUAGAUCAAGGCCCUUAUCUGGUCAUCGAGUAGGUUUUAAAAAACAGCCUUACAUAAUCAAGGUCACGGCAUACGUCAAUGGUUCCAGAGAAAAGUGUGUUAACAUGGCUGCCCCUACCAUCAAAAUUCUGUGUGAGAUGGCAACAGAAAAGCUGGGCCUGCCAUUUGCUGCACGUAGAGUGUUCCUAGAGGAGGGUGUGGAGGUCUUCUCUGGCCAGGACAUCCCCCAGUACCAGGACGUCUACAUCUCAAUGGGGGAGAACUUCAAGGAUCCUUACCACACAGCUCAAAGAAAUGUUAUCAUUCGCAACAAGUCUGUGUGGAGUUUGGGAGGAGUUAUCCUGCCUGAGCAGAGACACACAAAAGGGAGGAGAACUCUGAUGUCAAAACGCAUGAGAACUUUGUGUGAGAACAAGAAAGUCCGGAUCAUUAUCUACAAGAAUGGUAGCAGCACAGAUCCUGCAGAAGUUGUUGCAGAUUUGAAGAACAUGACUGAUUUCCUCAACAACUGUACCGGCAAGCUGAACUUGAGGAACCAUGCCAAGUUGGUGUAUGACUGGAAUGGUCAGGAAAUUCUUGACUUGGCUGACACUCCCAUGUUGGAUGACACCAUCAUACCUCAGGGCAAAACUCCACUGCUUGGCCCCCUCUGGAUCUCCGCGGGGGAGCGCUAUAGUCCGUCGGGGACCCAGGGUUUCCUCCUGCUCAUCCAGACUGGUCUCAGAGAAAAACUCAAAGCUGCCAAAAAACAGAAAAAAGAUGUAGAUUUAGUUCUGAACAACACAAAAGAUGAAGUGAAAGACACAUUGAUCCUGUCCAUGUCUACAGAAGAACUUUAUGAAGCCAGUGACAAGCUGGAUGAGAAGAUAGAGACCUACAAGUCCACACUAGAAACUAUCAGAGAAAAAAUGGAGGCAUUGAAGGAAGAAACGUCAAAGGAGGAAGAGCAAGGAAUGAAUUAUCGCAUGACUCACAUCAAAGAACUUUCUUCAGAGGAUAGACUGGUUGGUACCAAAGGAAUCAAACUCAAGGUCUUUGAAAAUGGUAAAGUCAGUGGUGAAUUUAUCUACUAUUUUAACUUGCGAGAAGCCAUGAAAGGAGCAGACAGAGAAAAAGCUAUGCUCAGGCUGCUGGACGAGCUGUCUGCCAGCAGGUUUAGUGCCGGAGUCCAUCGCAACUUGAACAGUGUGGCCACCAGGCUGUACACCAAAGAUGGAGGGGAGAUCACUGACAUCUACAAGCUACAGCCUGACCAGUCCGUCUGGCUCUCUUUUGGGGAGCCUUUCAUUUGCCCAUUCACCUAUGUACUGAACCUGUUUGUUGAGAGAGCCACUCAAGUGCUGGACGCCGGUGGUGCUGAGAGGAUUGUCCGAGAAAACUUGAGCCAGUCACCUGAUGGGGACCUGACCAAAGACCUGACCAAGUGGGAGGCGGCCGCUGGGUUCCCUGCGGACUACGACUCUGCUGAUGCUGCACGUCUGCAGUUUGAUCCAGAUAAAAUUGAAAGUUUGCUCCAAUUUUCAGAGAUCGACCGUAGCUCACACUUUUUGAUCAAUAAAGAGAAGAGGACGCAGGUGUUGUAUGCUGAGCUUGGGGUGGCAGAGAAAACCCACUCCAAAUAUCAGAUCUUUGUUUUUACUGAGAGUGGACAUAUAUACUGCAAAGCUGCACCUCAGCUCUGCUUGGCUGUGCUGGAGGAAAGAGCAGAAUUCAAAAUACAAAAUACAGAACUUAACAUUGAAGGCUUUGUCGUUGGCAUGCAAAAGAAAAUGCCAGGGAAUAGCUGCCAGAUUUGGCAGUGUUUGCCAGACGCAACCAUUUGUUGCCAGGCAUACCCAAACCUUCUGCUGACCCACCUGGGCAACAAGAGGUCUGACUUUGAGGACCAGGCACCACACAACAAGACCAAAACUGGAGGCAUUGUCUCCCUGAUGCUCACAGAGCCCCUCCCAAAAAAACAAAAGUCACCUCAAAGAUUUGCACUCAAGCAAGAGCGUCUGGACAAUUUAGGUCAGUGGAAGUUUACAGAGACAAGCAAUCAGGAAUGGAAAAAACUGGCGUAUUCUUGGCCUGUUACUGCCAGUGGACAGUUAAAUAAACAAUAUGACUGGCCAAUGGAAGGUUACCUUAUUCCUAAUGCACCACCUAUACGCAAAUCUGACAAAAAAUUGGGACUUUCUGGGGUGACACCAGCAAGGCUUAGGGUCUUAAAAAAUGGUGAACGCAACUUCUCAUUAGCUGUCAGUGUUGUUGGCCCAAACAUUAGCAAUUUGGUGAAAGACAACACACCCGAGUCAAAAAGUAAAGAGAAGCCAGAGCUUGCCAUGCUGUCUGCUGGUACAGAGCUCCACUGUAUGGAGAUGUCAGUCCUCAGCAUGGAGUUCCAGAUGUUUCUGGAUCACUGCACCUCUCUGUUGGAUCUGCCAUUUGCUGCCAGAAGACUCUUUGAUGCAGAAGGGAAAGAACUCUUUCAUAUCCAAAACCUGGAGCGAGAUGCCUUGGUGUACGUGUCCUGUGGCGAGGAAUGGUCCAACCCCCAAUACUCUAAAGAAGAACAAAGCCGACGGUUCCUCUUGUCACAGCUCACAUCUGAUGUUGUUAAAAUACAGCAGUUUUGUUCCAUGAGGAACCCUGAAAACUUUGUACUUGAAAUCAGUGGCCCUGUGGCUCCAGGAAGUGAACUGGUUGUAAACAAAGAUUGGUUGCAUCAAGUCCCACAGGACAGCAGGCAGGAACAAGCUACACUCAGUGGAAGAAGUGCUCAGCAAUUCUCCCAGUAUGAUGAAGAAGAUGAAAACAUUGCUGAUUCAAGUCACGUUUUAACAUCUCAUGAGCGUGCACACAUGAGGUCAGAUGAAUAUGCAAAUAACCUCAAGUGGCCUUGGGAGAGACUUGUCAAUGUCAACAACAGUUUGGACACAGAGGAUCCUGAAGCUCAGAGGUUCACAGACAGAGACCUGUAUGAAAAGUUUAAACCCCAGUCAACGCCCCACUUGUCACAAGAGAGCCUGCAGAAGUUUGCUUAUGAAGACGGCUACAUCUCAGUGGCCUGCAACAAGGCUCUGGUUCUGUCCAUUUGCCACACUGAUGGCCGCAUGGCACGAGUCAUUUUAGCCAAACGUCACCCAGACGACAUCCACCAGAGAUGGACCUUGAGAGAAAAUGGCGAAAUAAGUGCUCGCCACAACCAGCACAUGGUCUUAAGCGUUUCAAUGCCAGCAACUGCUACAGGUUCCUCCCCCAGCCAAAGUUUUACUGGCUGUCCCAUUGUGCUUCAGGCACGAUGUACAAAUAUGUUUGGUAAAGCCCAUCAGAGGUGGCGCUACGACGCAGAGUCAGGUCUCAUCAAUGCUUUUUACACAGAACUCCCUGACAAAGAGAUUACCGCAGCCAACAGAGCAGAUGUUUGUACAUAUGCUAUUGUUCAAGGUGUGGACAUAGAUCAGCCUGGCUACCUGGUAGAGAUGUCUGGGCCAGGUGAAAAGGCCGUGCACCUGAAAGUCUGCGUCUCCUGCGCUAGAGCCAUGCGCGGAAGAUUCAAAGUUGAGCAGCUCCCAGCGAACACACGCUUUCAUUGUGCUAUGGGAGAUGCAAAGCGCCGGUCAGUCAGGCAGAUUGGCAGCCUGAAGGUGUUGCAGAACAAAGUUGACCUGUCCACCCAUGAAGCUGAGCUGACCCUGUCCAGCUGCAGGCAAAUGUUGGAGGAGCUCAAGCAGCAGACCAGCGUCAAGACAAUCAAGAAGAAAAUCAACUCAAUCAGAUCCGUCCAGAUGGUCAAGGUCAUGGCCUACAAAAAUGGGGAGGGGCGGUUGAGGAAGGGGGAAAUAAUCUGUGGGUCAAGUGUUGAAGGGAUCCUGUCUCAGUGUGGUCACAGACUUGGUUUGACCAGCGCCGCCAGGAGGAUGUAUCUAGAGGAUGGCACCAUAGUCCUGGGUGUGGAGGAGCUGGUCAGACACGCAGUGGACAACUGCAGGGCUGAGAUGGUCAGCCUGCUGCAGCAACGUGACAAACCUGUGGCUGAAGAAAAAGAUGAGCUAGCCCAGCUAGAGCAGCUGCACAGCGCAGCCAUACUGCAGGUGACAGAACAGAUGCAGAGGUCAGCUGAAAGGUUGCAGGAUAUAAAUAGAAUAACACAAGAAGAGGAGGAGUCUUCAGAGCAAAAAGAAGAUCUUCAGCAGAAAGAUGUUGACAGAGAAGAAGCCCAGAAAAUGGCCAGAGAGCAGGAGCUGAUGUUAAAAGGCAUCAAGUUACCUCCCCUUGAUGUUAUUCUCAGGGCCCCCAUUGAAGUGUGGAUCUCAAGUGGGAAAGCUUUCAUUUCCCCUGAUGUUGUGGAAUCUAAGGAAGAAAACAGAAGAAAGAAAAGAAACUUCCGUGCCCAAGUGAGCCUGGCACUAGACAUAGAAAAACACGUCCUGCGGCAGAUGCGAGGCAGACGGCUGGAGCAGAUGGAGCCUGGGGUGUACAAGUCCACCCUGUCCAGCACGCAGCCAGUAGUGCUGGAGAAACAUUGGCAGGAGCCUACAGUGGAGGAGAUGGACAAACAUCAUGCUGUACACAAGCUGCAGAGUCACCUUUCUGAAAUUCGAGCUUAUCAAUCUGAAAAAAAUUCAAGCUUUAGUGGAAUCAAAUUAGAUGGAAGAUUAUACCAACAGCCAAACAUGAAACGUGUCCUGGUCUAUCCUAAUGGUGAAUCUGUGGAGCGGAGCAUCUAUGUUUGGGGCAGCUCACUGGAGGAGAUCCUUGACAACGCCACAUUCAAGCUGUCUUUGAGGAAACAAGCAAAGAUCAUCUACACUGUGGAAGGUCAAAGGGUCCAGAGUUUUGAUGAGAUCCAACGUGACCAGUUGCUCUGUGUCUCAACUGGCAAGUCUUUCAUGCAGAUGGUCCAAGAAAAGGUCAACAUAGAGGUCAAGGCUAACUGGGGAAGGGCCAGAAAACAGUAUGGGUCAAAGGCCACGGAUGUGGUUGUCCAAGUCCAGAAAAAUGCUCGGGUUGAUGUUGACCCAUUUGGUCCCCCGCUGCUGGCCCUCCCAGAAUGCCCUGCUGAUUGUGGGGACUCACAGUGAGGCUGACUCUACUAGGGGCGCAAUGUUGGCCAGUCACAGGUGGCCAGUCACUGGUAGCCAGUUUUAACAGAUUCAUUUUUAUAUACAUUUUUAAAAUUACAAAUGUAACUGUAUGUACCAAGCCUAAUUUAAUAUAUUUGUUUGAUUCAUUGAGUUUUGAAUGUACAAUUCACUCAAUUUUGAUGCUGGCUGCACCCUGUACAAUUAUUUUUGUUGAAAAAGAAAAUGUAAUGACUUGACUUUUACAGGAAUAUCAAAAUUGUGUAUUUUGUUGUGAAACAAACUGUAAACUCGGAAAUUGACUAAGAUGAAUUAAUGCUAACUGACCAAAGACUGUACUACAUUUGUUGAGAAAUUUGUCUUGUGUCAGUCAUUAUGUUUAUGUACUUGUAAACCUAAAUUGUCAUCUUCUACUGUGAUUUUUAUGUGAUCUCCAUCUUAUUGUAAAGUGCAGGCUGUUCUGAUAGAGUAUAUUUCACAUUAAAAAAUGUAU